AUGGAGCUCUGGAACUCUACCUUGGGAAGUGACUUCAUCUUGGUGGGGAUUCUGAAUGACAGUGGGUCUCCUAAGCUGCUCUGUGCCACCAUUGCAGUCCUGUACAUGUUGGCCCUGACCAGCAAUGGCCUGCUGCUCCUGGUCAUCACAAUGCAUGCCCAGCUCCACGUGCCCAUGUACCUCCUGCUCAGGCUGCUUUCUCUUAUGGACUUGAUGUUUGCAUCUGUAGUUACUCCCAAAACACUUGUGGAUUAUCUGCACAGGGAGAAGACCAUCUCCUUUGGGGGCUGGGCUUUGCAGAUGUUAGCAGUCCUCACCUUGGGAGGUGCAGAGGAUCUCCUACUGGCAUUCAUGGCCUAUGACAGGUAUGUGGCCAUUUGUCAUCCUCUGAAUUACAUGGUCCUCCUGAGGCCAAGGAUCCGCUGGCCCAUGUUGGCCACAUCUUGGAUCCUGGAAGUCCUGAAUGCUGUGAUACACACUUCAUAUACCAUGCACUUUCCUUUCUGCAUGUCCCAGGAAAUCAGACACAUACUCUGUGAGAUACCACCCUUGCUGAAGUUGGUCUGUGUAGAUACCUCCAGAUAUGAGCUGAUGGUGUAUGUGAUGGGUGUGACCUUCCUCAUGCCUACCUUUGUUGCUAUCCUUGCCUCCUAUACAUUUGUCCUAGUUGCUGUCCUCCACGUGUCCCCAGGAAAGGGAAGACAGAAAUCUCUCGUCACGUGCUCUUCACACCUGACUGUGGUAGGAAUGUACUAUGGAGCUGCCAUGUUUAUUUAUGUCCAGCCCAGUUCCUACCAUAGACCCCAACAGGACAACAUCCUCUCUGUAUUUUAUACUAUCAUUACUCCCGUACUGAACCCUCUUAUCUAUAGUCUGAGAAACAAGGAGGUAAUGGAGGCCUUCGGGAGAGUACUGGGGAGAUUAACAUCUGUCCAGAGACUAUAGAUGCCGAUGUCAUAUGGAAGCCCUAUAGCUUCUAGAUGGGACCCCGUCUAUGCUUUUUGUCUUAAGCUAUCUCCUUCCACAUUUUGAAAAUUCUGAAAAUCUACCACCCUGGAGAUAAGUCCUCAUUUGGCCUUAG